CGAGCCGUCAGAAUGUCGCGGCAUCUCAAACGAAUCGGACGCGAAAUGCCAAAAUCGAGCGGGAAUUCGGACAUAGAACUCCGGUUGAUAUUUGAAUAAUAUUUCACUCGUUUUCGUACUGAAAAAGCGGAAUAACCGCUCGUGGUUGUGUAAGUUCGCCGAAUGUUUGGAUUCUACAGGAGCGCUAUUUCUGAAAUAUUUAUGAUACUGUCAGUGCAAGUUAAUAAAUUGCGAAAAGCUGCACCGAGUUAUCGCAAGAUUGAGGAUCUCAAAAGUGAAAUGUAUACAUUUUUUGAACAGUUCAUUUCGUCCGACGGAUUACUCGAAAGUCGUGUCAAAACGGAAAAUAUAAAACAAUUCUCAAAACACGAUUUAACUUAAAACCAUAAUGUUAUUUUCUAACAUUUUUGUAAUAUCACUUUCGACUUUGGAAUUUAUUUCUUAAACAAGAUUGAAAAAUAAGUUUUCUUGCCCCAAAAAUUAAUUCAAAAUAGUGUUAUUAUAGUGUUAAUAGUGUUAUAGGAUAAAUAAUUGAACAACCACUUAUUCAACUCUUUUCUAAAUCGAACAAGUUUUACGGUAAACGGUUACGCUCCAAUUAUAUAUAAUUUAAAACAAUCAUUAAAUGCACUUGCAAAAUAAAAAGCUAAAAUAAGCCUUUGUUUAAAUGCCUAUUUACACAUAUGAUUUAUUACAAUGGAAGCAUGAAGCUUUUUGCAAAAAUUAUAUCUACUGAAAAUGUUUGAUAUAUUUUUAGAAGUGAACCACAUUCGCGCCGAGCUAAUUGGAAAUAAUAAAAUAAUUUUGGGCACUAAACGAUUGUGAAAAACGAAGGUCAUUGUUACAACAUGGUGGAUUCGCAAUGAGUGAACAGCAAUUUUUGUUAAUUCCAGCGCUACACUAAAUAAUUGAAGCGUUAAGGGAAAAAACAAUAUUUUCAAAUGCUAUAGGCAUUUCGUUCGUAAAAUAUCUGCGAGGAACCCAGAGGAAAUGCAACCUAUAAGAUUCGGCGCAUCGGAGUCUUACUCCUAUAGACUUAUACACAUGGUAGUGCUUAAAUUUGUGAUUUAACUCGAGUGAAAAUCUGGCUAAUUAAUUUGCAAGCUUUUUAAGGACCAAUUCAAGCGAAGUUGGUAGCAUAUCCAAGACUUGCAGCACUUAAGGAAAAGAUAUUAACUAAUACUUAGAAGGAUUUAUCCUCCGAUAUUCAACCGCAGCUGCGUCCUUUAUUGGCGGCCCAAGGAGUCGUCGCCACACGCACCAAAUGAUUAUGACGAUGAUGCUGACGGGUAGGUCCUGGCAACGGGAAUCGGAUGCGGAGCAGCGAAAACAACAUAAGCAGCGAUGGCGACCUGAUGGGGCACACAUAUCAGCGGCUUACGACCUCAACAGUGAUAAUGACGACGGCCACCACAGGGUGGUGCAUAAUCAAAACAACGGCAGCCCAAACAGCUCUCCGAAUCAGAGCACUUCCGCCUUCCGACAGCGGCAACCGCACCGCCCACCCACCGGACAACAACCGUCCCAGCUGCCCUGCACCGUAACCCACUUCUCCGGACACUGGACAACGCUGCUCAUCCUGCUCACCCUGCUCUCUACUUCCGCGCUGACAGCCUCCGCCAAUGUCACCAGCACCAUCAGUCCGCCCAUCAACGGCAGCAGCACCGAUUACAUCCUGCUCUAUGGCGACUCCACCACAUCCCUCGUGCCCGCCCUGACCACCGGACUCUCGGGGGACGGAAGUGGUGCGGUCAUCGAGGACGAGGAGGAUGCGGAGAAGGCCAGCGAGUACAUCUUUGAUCGCACCGAUGUGCGCAUAAUAUUCAUCACACUCUACACACUGGUGUUUUGCUGCUGCUUCUUUGGUAACCUCCUUGUUAUUUUGGUGGUCACAUUAUCACGACGACUGCGCUCAAUAACCAACUUUUUCCUGGCCAACUUGGCGUUCGCCGACUUCUGUGUUGGACUCUUUUGUGUGAUGCAGAAUCUGUCCAUCUAUCUGAUAGAGAGCUGGGUCUUUGGCGAGUUCCUAUGCCGCAUGUACCAGUUUGUCCACUCCCUGAGCUACACGGCCUCCAUUUUCAUCCUGGUUGUCAUCUGCAUGGAGCGCUACUUCGCCAUCGUACACCCCAUUACCUGCAAACAGAUCCUAACUGCGGCUCGUCUGAGGAUGGUCAUUGUCACAGUUUGGAUUACAUCGGCAGUUUACUCCACGCCCAAGUUUGUUUUCAGCAAGACCAUUAAGAACAUCCACACGCAGGACGGCCAGGAGGAGGAGAUUUGUGUCCUGGACCGCGAGAUGUUCAACUCCAAGUUGCUGGACAUGAUUAACUUCGUGCUCCUCUACGUUAUGCCGCUCUUGGUGAUGACGGUGCUGUACAGCAAAAUCGCCAUCGCCUUGUGGCGCAGUUCGCGCGGCCUCACGCCGCAUGUGGUGCAGCAUCAGCAUCAGCAUCAGCAGCCGCAGCAGGCAUCCUGCCAGGACAUUGGCAUGGGUAUGCACAACAGCAUGUACCACCACCAUCAGCACCACCAUCACCACCACCACCAGCACCACCAACUGCAAUCGGCGGCUUCGUCGGCAGGAGUGGCGGGAGUGGGCUUGGGUGGCGGUGGUGGGGGCGGUCCUGGUCCGUCACUUGCUUCCGGCGGCAGCAGCACCACGUCCUUGUCCCGCAAACAGAGCAGUAAAUAUGAGAAGCGCGGCGUCAGCAUCACGGAGAGCCAGCUCGAUAAUUGCAAGGUGUCCCUGGAGGCCGAUCGCCCCAUUGUCAGUGCCUGCCGCAAGACGAGCUUCUACCACCACGGCCACGCCCACCACCAGCGGGCGGGCAACGCCUCAGUGGGCGGACUGGUGGGCGGCGGCGGAGGCGGGGCCGGAGCCACCCACAUGUCCCACUCGUCCAGCAACGUCCUACGCGCCCGGCGCGGCGUUGUCCGCAUGCUGAUAAUAUUCGUGCUGACAUUCGCCCUCUGCAAUCUGCCGUAUCAUGCCCGCAAAAUGUGGCAGUACUGGUCACGUUCGUAUCGCGGUGAUUCCAAUUUUAAUGCGCUGCUAACACCGCUCACCUUUCUGGUCACGUACUUCAAUUCGGGCGUAAAUCCCCUUCUCUACGCCUUCCUCAGUCGCAAUUUUCGGAAGGGCAUGAAGGAGCUGCUCCUCUGCUCCUGGAAGAAGGGCAAGGGCAAGUCCUCCUCCAACUCAUCGAUGCACCACAAGCGCAAGGCGCUGCAGUCCGCCGUCUCCACCCCGUAGACCCACUCGCUGCCCACGGACACCACCCACAUUGGGAACGAGCAGCUAUGAUGGCCACGCGGCUGGAGGAGGCCCCUCAAGCUCUUCGGGCGCCGCUCCUAGAACGCAGCCCAUCGAAGGAUGGACCCACUUCCUGUCCGUUAGCUAGUACUUCAUUGUGAUCUUGGUAGCCAGCCUAUCGCUCGGAUCGAGUCGGCGGCCAAAGCGGAACUGGUGUCAAGUUGUAUUGAUAGAGUAAGCCAAUUCUUAAGGGAAAACCAAUUAACUUACAUGCAGCUCCUGGAGCAUUGCUCUCAAGUUCUUAGUCUAAGGAUAUGAUUUAGUGCGAGUCUGCAUCAAUAAAUAAAUGAAGCAAAAAUGAAGCAUAAAUGUCAAGUUGUAUUGAUAGAGUAAGCCAAUUCUUAAGGGAAAACCAAUUAACUUACAUGCAGCUCCUGGAGCAUUGCUCUCAAGUUCUUAGUCUAAGGAUAUGAUUUAGUGCGAGUCUGCAUCAAUAAAUAAAUGAAGCAGCAAGGAUCAUUACUUUCAAAUA